AUGGAUGACGAUAUACUGAUUGCAAAUCAACCAAUUGUAAUUGAUAAUGGUUCGGGAAUGAUCAAAGCGGGCUUUGCCGGCGAUCCGAUACCGAAAAUAAAUUUUCCAAAUUAUGUUGGUCGACCGAAACAUGUUCGCGUUAUGGCUGGUGGUCUUGAAGGUGAUAUAUUUAUUGGACCUAAAGCUGAAGAAUAUCGAGGACUCUUGAAUAUUGCUCAUCCAAUGGAACAUGGAAUUAUAGAAGAUUGGAAUGAUAUGGAGAAAAUUUGGACGUAUAUUUAUUCGAAAGAUCAAUUGAGAUCAGCAUCUGAAGAACAUCCUGUUUUAUUAACAGAAGCACCAUUAAAUCCAAGAAAAAAUCGUGAAAAAGCAGCAGAAAUUUUUUUUGAAACAUUUAAUGUUCCAGCUUUAUUUAUUUCUAUGCAAGCCGUUCUUAGUUUAUAUGCAAGCGGACGAACGACAGGUGUUGUGCUUGACUCAGGUGAUGGAGUUACUCAUGCAGUCCCGAUUUAUGAAGGAUUUGCUAUGCCACAUAGUAUCCUUCGAAAUGAUGUAGCCGGUCGUGAUGUCACUCGUUAUUUGAAAUUAUUAUUACGCAAAGAAGGUUAUACAUUUAAAACAACGGCUGAAUUUGAAAUUGUUAAAAGUAUUAAAGAACGAGUAUGUUUUUUAAAUGCAACAGCACAAAAAGAAGACAUGAGUCAAACUGAUAAAUCACAAUUUACACUGCCUGAUGGAACAUCAAUUGAUCUUGGUUCAAGUCGUUAUCGAGCACCUGAAGUUUUGUUUAAUCCAGACUUCAUUGGUGAGGAAUGUGAAGGUAUACAUGAAAUUUUAUCAGGUUCAAUUCAACGGUCUGACAUGGAUUUACGACGUAUACUUUAUCAAAAUAUUGUUUUAUCUGGUGGUUCAACGUUAUUUCGAGGUUUUGGUGAUCGUUUACUGGCCGAAUUAAAACGUAUUGCACCAAAAGAAGUUAAAAUAAAAAUUUCCGCACCACGUGAACGUCUUUAUUCAACAUGGAUUGGUGGUUCAAUAUUAGCAUCACUUGAUACAUUUAAAAAAAUAUGGGUAACAAAACGUGAAUAUGAUACUGAAGGUGCUAGAGUAAUUCAUCGUAAAACAUUUUAA